AUGAUUUCAUCAAAUCCAGAUGAUGAAAGAUGGAAUGAACGCUGUAAAUAUGAUGAUAAAUGUGAAGAAUUAGCUACGCAUGAUUGCCAGGGAUGUGGAGAAAUAUACUGCAUAAGUCACUAUUGGGAACAUCAAACUAAACUUCAAGAUAAUUUUGAAAAUAUACUACGUGCACAAGACUUAUUGAGACAACAAUUGAAGUCACUAUUAUCACAACUAUCAACGGAUGCUCUAUUAGAUUUAAUAAAACAAAUUUAUGAAUUCCAAAUAAAAUCCAAUGAAUUUGAAAAAACAGCAAAUAUAAUACAACAGAAGUUACAAAAUAUCAUUAAUGACGAUAAACAAGAUUUCAAAAAGCACUUGAUGGCAAUGAUAAAUAGAUUUGAAGUGCAUGAUCAUAAUGGUUAUCUUGAAAAUGAUAUUGAUUGUUUAAAGAAAGACAUCGAGAAACUAAAAUUAAAACUAGAAGAAAUUCAAGAUUAUAAUAAAAAAAGGACAUCACAAGAACAAUUACCUAUUGAAGAUAUGAAAGUUCAGUCGGACAAUCUAUCUGAAAAAAUGAAAUCGCCGCUAAUGAAUCUUGUAACACAGAACAGAAAAAGACCUUUACAUUCUGUUGUUGAUACUUCAAAAUAUCGAUUGGGAAAACAAGCAGAUGAUACCACAGGACUAUUUCAUCUAUUCAUCAGACGAAUGAGUCCAUCGGUCUUAGAUGCAAAUGAAAAUGAACUUGCUCUAACUGAUGUAGAUAACGAAAUGGAUCUAGACGAAAAAGAAGAAACAAUGAUGGUUAUCGAUUCUAAUACAACUUCAAAGAUUAGUCACAAGAUACGCUUUUCCAAUAACAUUGUUCGCUGGCUACGAGGUCCCUUUAGAGUUAUGGUGGAUGGUACCAUGCAUGUAGUCGACCUUUGCGCGCAAGGAACACGUAUAAGUGAUAAUGUUGUACAAGCUGUGAAGCAAGAAUUAGCCAGACAAAAAAAAGAAACUGCCAUAGAACAAGAAACUGCCAGUAGAUCAGUUAAGCAAGUGUUUGCCGAAAUUACACCCGAUUGGACAUUUGAAGGCGGCAAUACUGAUCGAGGUUUCACUAGUGAAUCUAUAUGGAUGCGUGAUCCUCAAGGUCGACGAGUUUUAGUCAAAACACAAGACCAUCCAUUAUGUGCUGCGAACGAAAGAUUAGCCUAUACUUUAGGAGGGCUACUUGGUUUGCCUAUUAAUGAGGUACAGAUUGCAAUUUAUCAAAAUAAACUGGUAACUUUGCAUACCGAUGUUGCUAAUGAAAAUGAAAAAUCUGUCACAUUCAUGGACUUACCAAAACAAAUAAGAAAAAAACUAUUGACUAAUCCAAUUUUGGAAUCUAUGGAUUUAUUUGAUCGUAUAGUACACAAUGUAGAUCGUAAUCAACGAAAUAUUUUAAUAACAGUAUCGAAAACAGAUGCACUCGAUGAUGAGAAUACAAAAUUGAAGAUGCAUCUAAUUGAUCAUGCUUCCUGCUUUGGCCUGGGUAAACUUAAUGUUAUCAGUAUUAUAGCCUGCAAAUUUCAUAGUAACCAUCUUUCGGUGGUUACAUUUGAUCCAAUAGAAAAAGCAAAAAAGUUUGAACAAUAUCUCAACAAACUGCCGAUAGCAGAUCGUGCUUUAAUUAAAAAGACAUUAAGACGUUUUGCAGCAAUUACUGAUGAUCAAUUUGAUAGUUGCAUAACUGAAGUACAGAGUCUUCUAUCAUCCAGUCAAUACAAUCGCAUACAUGAUGUCUUAUAUCGACAGCGAGAUGUUGCAAAACGCUAUGUGAUAUACUGGAGUAAUGGUCAUAGUAACUCAAAUUUAAAACCAAACCAAACGAAUAGUCUUUCGUCCGAGACAAGUGACACAGUAGUUUAUUUCUAA